AUGGCCGAUAUCGACGUGAAGAUUGCUCAAUGGAAGCUGGUUGAGGUUGGCCGUGUGGUCCUCAUCCGCCGCGGUCCCUACACCGGCAAGCUCGCCGUUAUUGUUGAGAUUGUCGACCACCGCCGUGUCCUGGUUGACGGCCCCUCCGGCGAGGAGCAGAAGAUCGUCCCCCGUCACGUCCUUCCUCUCGCCCACGCUACCCUCACCCACUUCACCAUCCCCAAGCUCCCCCGUGCCGCCGGUACUGGCCCCGUCAAGAAGCUCUGGGCGAACAACGAGAUCGACGCCAAGUGGGCUAAGAGCAACUACGCUCAGAAGACCGAGCGCGCCGACCGGAGGAAGAACCUGACCGACUUUGAGCGCUUCAAGGUUCUCCGCCUGAGAAAGCAGGCUCGUUACGAGGUCCAGAAGUCUCUCGCUAAGGCCAAGGCGGCUGCUCCUAAGGCAUAA